UUGAUUGCAGCCAGAUGCUGACUCAAUUCAAUGAACUCGCAUAUUUGAAUGCGUCCACGGUUUCGUCAUGCGCCGGCUACAGAAUCGUCGCACUUUUGGCACCCGGAGAGUGUUUCGGAAUCUGCAGCCAAUGCUGGUCCAGAUAUGAGUUCGGAAGCAGCGGAGGGAGGGCGUUCCGGAGGCAGAGGCGAGAGUCUGGAGUCGGAAUGGUGAUGGCAGUGAAGCUCAGGCUGGUCUUGUGAGAUUCGACGGCAAUUUCGACGUUCCGAGCGGAGCUGCGGGGAUGUUUGGAUGAUUUUCGGCGUUGGUUUGAAUUUGCGUGGUAGGGGAUAUUGGUUUCGGAACACAGGUUGUGAUUGGAUUUGGAUUUGAAGAAUCUUGGAGGUUUUUCCGAAUCUCAGCUCGGGUCGACUUGUGGGUGUAAAUUAGCACGAUGGAAAGGGCCGUUGUCGGCCCUCUGUCAGCCCAGUCGGUGGCCUUUAGUCUCGGCGAUUUCACUCAGCAGAAUAGAUAUGGCGUCGUCUUGGGAGGCGCUUCAGUUCCUCAGAGGUUGCGGUUGAGAUCAUGCAGUUUUACGGAAUCGGUGCGCGAUCGGAAGACAUAUUUUAGGAAGGUUUCGAGCGCCGGUGUGGCCAGGGCCAUGGAAUCCGACACAAGACCAGGGAUCCAAUCAAAUGCAGCUGUACUCAUGGAGAUUGAGGGUUUUGCUCUGUUCUCACAUCUUUUGAGCGCUCAUACGGAUCCAUACUACUAUGUGGAGUGAUUGUGCAGUGUGAUGUCCGACGUGCAUAGGUAUGGAAACCGUCUAGCUUUCAAUGAAGCUUUUCAAGACUUGGGAUUGGACUGUGCUCAAUGGAGUGAGGCUGUAUACGCCGAUCUCAUGAGAGCUGCAGGUGGUGCAGAAGAGAAGAUGUUAUCGAUUUUCUUUUCUAGAAUAGGCUGGCCCGCUGCACUCCCCAACAACGAAAAAGACCUCUUUGUAAAGAAAGUGAUGGAAGCUAAGAGGAAGGCUCUUGGAAAAUUUGCUUUAGCGGGCAGUCUACCUCUCAGACCUGGCCUUGAACAGUUCAUAGACGAAGUUUUAGAAGCUGAAGUUCCUUUGGUAGUCAUAUCUGCUUAUUAUAAGGAGGGCGAAGAGCUUGGAAGGUUGCUAGUGGAAAAGCUUGGUGCAGAACGUGCGCAAAAAAUUAGAAUCGUCGAUGAAGAUGUCGUAGUUAAUAGUUUUUAUGGGCAGCUAGUACUAGGCGAAGGAGUGUCGUCUGGUGCUGAUGAGCAACUUGCUGCAGCCGCUUCAAGAGCAGUGGCAGCAGAGAAGCAGAGGCUAGCCGAAGAAGUGGCAUCUAUGUUGAAGCUAAGUGUCGAAGUUGAUACAAGCUACGUUCAAAUAUCAAAGAAAGCUAUUGCAGCCCUUAGAGCUGGGUCUGAAAUUGCAGAACGGGGAGUUGAUCGAUGCAUACUAAUGGCCAGUGGACAUUCAGGGGCCCAAGCAGCCCAAAAAAUUGGAAUGCCAUGUGUUGUAGUCAGAAGCAGUGUGACCACGAGGGGCGAAUUUCCAGGAGCCAAAGCAGCUCUCGAUGGGUACGGACCUGGAGCCGUGACUUUACCUCGCUUGUUGAAACUGCUGCAGUAGGCCAAAUUUCGUUAAGGAAGAUAUAGGUAUGGGUAAUGGUCUUUGUAUCUACAGAUCAAUAGGCUUCAUGCGAUGUCGGAAAAGAAAUUAUGUAACCUAUGUUUCUCUGAAAAGAACAUGGAGUGCUAUUUGCUUCAUGGCUGAUGCUGAGAUUCGUUAAGGGUGGUUGUUCUCUAUGUGGAGUAUUUCUAUAUUUUGAGUACUGUUGGUUAUUCGUGCAUUGCUUCAAAAGUCAAUGAUUACGAGGUGCUAGUAUACAUAGGGCGUAACAUGGUAAUGACUCGCUACAGCUAAGUCAAUUUGUAGUUUAUCCUUUAGGG